AUGCGCUACACCACCGCCUCGGUGGUGGCCUUCCUGGCGUCCGCCGCCACCACCGUCGCCCACAGCAAACCGCCCGUCGUCGUCUGGGUCACGAGCACCAUCACCACCUGCCCCACGCCCCAGCUCACGCUCGCCUGCUCGGAAGUCGAUACGGAGUCGGAGCUGCCCAGCAGCACGGCCGUGGUGUCAGCGCCGUCGUCACUGUCGUCGGCCGCAUCCUCUGCCGGCAGCGGCGGCAACGGUGGUAACGGCCACGGCCACUCCCACUCCUCCUCCUCCUCGGUUGUUGUCAUCUCGAGCUCGUCGGCCGUCUCUGUGUCCCAGUCGGCCUCGGCCUCGGUCUCGUCCUCCGCUUCGUCUGUCGUCGCCUCCGGUUCCUCUGGCGUCGCCGUCCCGUCCAGCAGCUCUGGCGCCGUGAGCUCGUCUUCGUCUUCGGGUCCCGUGUCUGCCUCCCAGUCGGCCUCGGGCUCCGCCGGCUCGUCUGCUUCUGCGUCUGCCUUCGCAUCGGUCUCUGUCGGCUCGUCGUCUGCUUCCGCUUCAGGUAGCGCCUCUGCUUCCGUCUCUGGAUCUGGCUCUGCUUCCGGCAGCGCCGCGUCUUCGUCUGCUUCCGCAUCCGGAUCGGCUUCUGCUUCUGCUUCCGUGUCAGGCUCGACUUCAGCUUCGGCUUCCGGCUCCAGUUCAGUGAUCUCCAGCAGCGGUCCGGGAAGCUCCUCUGUCUCUGCUGCGGGAAGCGCCUCGUCCUCUGUAUCUGCAUCUGGCUCUGCAUCUAGCUCUGCGUCUGCGUCUUCUUCGGUUUCCGUUUCUGGCUCGUCCUCCGCCGUCUUGGGCUCUGCUGCUUCCAGCGCUGCUUCUAGCUCUGCUUCCAGCGUCGCCUCCAGUGCCAGUGCCAGUGCCAGUGCCAGUGCCAGUGCCAGUGUCAGUGCCAGUGCCAGUGCCGGUUCGAGCUCCGGUUCUGUCUCUGCCUCUGCCUCUGCCUCUGGAUCGGCGUCUAGCUCUGCUUCUUCCAGCUCUGCCGCCUCUAGCUCUGCUGCUUCCAGCUCUUCUGCCUCUGCUUCUGCCUCCAGCUCUGCUGCUACCAGCUCUGCUUCUUCUGCCUCCUCAGCUUCACCAUCCGCCUCGUCCGCCUCCGCCUCGUCCGCCUCCGAGAGUGCGUCUUCCAGUGCGUCUGGCUCUUCCAGUGUGUCGAGUGCCAGUGGUUCUGCUUCCGGUUCAGCCUCCUCCUCGGCUUCGUCUGUGAGUGCAUCUGGCUCGUCGGUGUCGGCAUCUGAGUCGGCCUCUUCGGCCUCGUCUGCUUCGGCCUCUUCUGCCUCGGCCUCGUCCGCUUCGGUGUCGUCUCUCUCUGUCUCGUCAGCCAGCAGCUCUGCCUCUGUCUCGGCGUCGGCCUCUGCCAGCAGCUCCGCAUCCGCUUCGUCCUCGGCAUCGUCUAGUCUCAUCUCCUCGUCUGCUUCCAGCGCCGUGUCGUCGGCUUCUUCGUCGGUGUCUUCUUCGGCCUCCCUCUCGUCGUCCAUUUCCUCGUCGGUGUCCUCCUCGUCAGCCUCGUCGGUGUCCUCCUCGUCAGCCUCGUCUUCGGUCUCAUCGUCCUCCUCGUCUGCGUCGCCUUCGUCGACCUGCUCGUCGUUCUACCUGGAACACAUCAAGCACCAGGGCUUUGCCCCGUACGAGGGCAAGGACUAUGUUGUGUUCCGCAACGUCAAGGACUUUGGCGCCGUCGGUGACGGCGUGACAGACGACACCGAGGCCAUCAACAACGCCAUUGCCGCGACGUCCAAGGCGACUGUUAGCGGGCGCUGCGAGCCCGGCUCGAGCUGCCAGUCGACGACGACACAGCCGGCGCUGGUGUACUUCCCGGCCGGAACGUACCUCGUGUCGUACCCGAUUGUCGACUACUACUUUACACAGCUUGUGGGCAACCCCGACUGCCCGCCGACGAUCAAGGUGGCCAGCACGUGGGCGAGCGUGGGCGAGACGCCGUAUGCGGUGAUUGACGGCAACCCCAACGAGCGAUGGACGGCGGUCAACAUCUUCUGGCGGCAGGUGCGCAACUUUGUGAUUGACAUGACGGACGCGCCGGCGGACCUGCCGCUGGCAGGCGUGCACUGGUCGACGGGGCAGGCGACGUCGCUGCAGAACAUUGUGUUUGACAUGUCGACGGCGAGCAACACGCAGCACCAGGGCGUGUGGUCCGAGGAGGGGUCGGGCGGGUUCCUCAGCGAGCUGACGUUCAACGGUGGCCUGUACGGCCUCAACUUUGGCAACCAGCAGUACACGAUGCGCAAGCUGACGUUCAACGGCUGCCAGACGGCCGUGCGGCAGGUCUGGGACUGGUCGUGGACGUACCAGGGCCUGACGGUCAACAACUGCAAGGUCGGCCUCGACCUGUCGGCCGGCUACCCGUCCAACGUGGUGUCGGACGUCGUCAUCGUGCUCGACUCGACGUUCAACAACGUCGAGACGGCCAUCCUGUUCGCCAAGUCCAGCGGCACCAUCUCGCCGGCGGCGGCCGGCGAGCUGAUUGCCGAGAACGUCUGCUUCAACGGCGUGACCAACGCCAUCAAGCAGGCGGCGGGCCCCGUCGUGCUGUCGGGCGCGCAGCACUCGAUCGGCCUGCUGGGCUACGGCCACGGCUACGAGGGCACCAAGGCUGUGUCCAACCUGGGCAACGUGGGCUACAGCCGGCCCAAGACGCUGCUGAGCGGCUCCAACUUUUACACGUUUGACAAGCCGUCGUACGCGGGCCUGACGGCGGCCGACGUGCUGAGCGCGCGCACGCUGGGGGCGCUGGGCGACGGCUCGACGGACGACACGGUGGCGCUGCAGGCCGCCCUCGACCUGUCGGCAUCGUCGGGCAAGCUGCUGUUCCUAGACUACGGCGUCUACGUCGUGACGUCGACGCUUGUCGUGCCCGCGGGCGCCCGCGUCACGGGCGAGUCGUACCCGGUGAUCCUGUCGCACGGCGCCGCGUUUGCCGACAUCAACCACCCCGUCCCCGUCGUGCAGGUGGGUGCGGCGGUCGGCGCGGUGGGCCACGUGGAGCUCAGCGACUUUAUCGUGUCGACGCGCGGGGCGCAGGCGGGCGCCAUCCUGAUCCAGUGGAACCUGUCGGGCGCGGGCGGCGGCAAGUUUGCGACGAUGUGGGACGUGCACACGCGCGUCGGCGGCUUCACGGGCUCGGAGCUCUCGCUGGCCAACUGCCCGCUCGACAAGUCGGUCACGGUGACGAGCAGCAACCUCAACACGAACUGCAUUGCGGCGUUUAUGAGCUUCUACGUGCCGGCCGGCGUCGAGUACGUGUACCUCGAGAACAACUGGUUCUGGGUGGCGGACCACGACGCGGACGACGCGGCGCUCACGCAGAUUACCGUGUACGCGGGCCGCGGCAUCCUGCUCGAGGGCGCCAACCUGCUGCUCUGGGGCGUCGCCGCCGAGCACCACACGCAGUACCAGUUCCACGUGCACAACGGCAACAACAUUGUCAUGGGCCUCAUCCAGUCCGAGACGGCCUACUACCAGCCCAACCCGGGCGCGCUGCUGCCGUACGCGACCAACGCGGCGUACGGCGACCCCAAGCUGACGGCCAAGCAGUCCGGCUGGGGCGCCGUGUACUCGGGCACGACGGCCAACACGCUCGUCUACGGCGCCGGCCACUACUCCUUCUUCAUCAACAACGACCAGUCCGGCUGCGAGCCCUACGGCUGCCAGACCACGCCCCUCGUCAGCAUCCAGGACACGGCCAAGGUCACCAUCUUUGGCCUCGUCACCACGGGCGUCACGUACAUGGUCGACUACCUGGGCACGCCGGUGGCCGACGCGUCGGCAUCGGCCAACUAUGGCAACUUUAUGGGCGUCGUGGGCGUGUUUUCGAGUGCCUUUUCGGCGUGA